UCUCCUGUUUUAGGCGACAAUCUGAAUAAAACAAAGCACCUUUUGUAUCGCACGCUCGCCUACUGCAGUUGUCAGGAGCAAGAGUUUGUUCUUCCAGCUCUGCCUUUCAGGGCAAAGGAAGACGGCACGAUGCUGUUCUUUACCUGUGGAUUUGUGCUGUUGACAACAGCUGUCGCGGAAGUAAACAGCAAAGGUGUUAAAAGCGUUGCAGAAAAAGUGCUAUUGACAGCUUUCAGUUAUAUUACUUCUAACUCCGCGCCCCCUCCCGGGACUGAAACGCCAGUUAGAGGGAAAGUGAUGAUGACUCAACCGCCAUUAGGAUUAGGUCCUACUACGAUGCACAUUCACAUAAAAGGUCUUCCUCCCAACACCGUACACGGAUUUCACAUCCAUGAAUACGGAGAUACUUUGUCAGACGGGUGCCAGAGCACCGGAAGUCACUACAACCCGUUACAUAUGACACAUGGUGCACCUCAAGAUAAAAUACGUCACUUGGGGGACUUAGGAAACGUGGUUGCUGAUAAAGAAGGAGUCAUUAAUGCAGUACUCGUUGAUCCUCGCGUCCCUCUGUUCGGACCCUUCUCAGUUGUUGGAAGAGCGUUUGUGAUACAUGAAAAGAUAGAUGACUUCGGUCAAGGGACUGGGCCACUUCAGGUUGAGAGUUUGAAGACCGGUAACGCGGGCGAUCGUUUGGGAUGCGGCAUCAUCCGACUUGCGCCCGUCAAAAUAGGCCAACAAGACCCAGAUGUCGGAACCUCAUAAUAAUUCGUCUGUUCGGUUAACAAAAAAUCGAAGUUUUGUUGUCACCAUAUUUUCGUGUUUAAUGAAGAAAGGAAUUAACGCAGAGACUGCUGUAAAAGCUGAAAGGAAAAGACACUUAUCUGCAACUCAAAGAUUCCUUGUUUUUCAGUCACGACUUUGCUGAUAUCAAAAUUUUAUUGCUCUAUGUGAGUUGAAUGUAAAAAUAAAAUCAUUAUGGUUUAUUAUCGGUUUAUAAGCCACCGAGACACUCAAGAACACCAAGAGAAAAUAAUGGUCAUAAUUUUCUCUUGAGAACGCGUGUAGUAGUAAUAGCAAUUAAGCCUAUUUCAAUUAAACUGGAAUUAAUAUUUAUAAGUUUGCUCAACAUUUCAUAGGAAACAGAAAAUUGAUGUGCAGAAAUUUGCAUUCAUUUUCAAUUGUUGUUUAGGAGAGGGGAGGGGUCGAAUCAAUUUUCACUAGGAAAAGCUUGUUGUCGAAAAGUCAAGUCAGAGAUUUUAGCUCCUGUUUGAAGUUUUUAGGAUUUUUUACAGACCCGUAGAAAUUUCUCCUUUAAGGUUUUGUAUAAAUUUUCGCCUACCAUAAAAAGUCUUUUCGAAAUCGCACCCAAAAUAUUUGGUUUCGUAACUACGAUCAAAUCAGUCCACACA